AGUUAAACUAAAACAUAUACCUGCACACUUAUUCAUAACAUAGAUAACCAAAUAAACAUUAUAGGAGUAAAAUUAAAUCCCCAAAACCCAAAACAGGUCAACUUCAAAUUGAAGUGUUUCAUUCAUAACCUAGGCUAUAAAUUUUCUUGUUUAAGGGUAGAUAUAUAAAAAAGUAGUGUGAAAGUCUACAUAGGCUAUCAUGUCGAAAUUAUUGUUCUUAGGCUUAAUACUUCAUCAUUGUAGUCUGUUUUACUAUCUCAAAAUGAUUUAUCAACAAUUUUUUUUUAUCAGAAGUGUAAUCCUGGCUAACUCAAUUUUGAUAGCUAACUGAUUAGUCUUCUGCCAGACAGAAAGGAGUGAAGUAUCAACGCUAUUAUAAACAAAUCUAUUAUUAUUGUUCUUCAACGUAGCAUUAAUAUUAUUAAGAAUCAAUUUGAUAAAAUAUGAGAUAACAGCUAUGCAACUAGGCGAAAUGCAUUUGAUAACAAUAAUUCAGUUGGCAAUAUUAAUGUUAAGCCAAAGAGGCUACAGCAUCAAGCUGCUCGCAGAAAAUUCAAAGGAUCUCUACGAAAUUCACCCAAACAUAAGUCACUUUCAAUCUACAAUAAAAAUAACUAAACCUGAAGGACAGUGCCAGAGAUUUCAGUGCAAAUUUAUUUGUUCAAACGGAGAAUCAUCAACCAUCCAACGGAAUAUCAACGCUGUUGACGUUAAGGAAUGCACAUUAAUUAGCGAGCUUUACCUCAUCAACUACCACUUUCCUCGAAAAACUCUUACAAAAAAGUUUCUCGGUUCGAUUUGUGAUAGAGUUAGUUACUUAUCAAUUCAAUCUUCAGAUAUUGAGCAAAUAGAUCCGGGGGCUUUUGAGAGCCAAACUCUUAUAGCAGUUCAUUUGGAAAACUUGAAACUCAAACACAUUGAAAAAGGAAUUUUCGAAAAUGUCAGUCAACAAUUCACUAGUUUCACUUUGAUACAGACCAAUCCGAAACUAGAAACUGUUAGUGAUAUUUUGCUGGAAAAUGUUAAGUAUCAGAUCAAAAAUCUGACUUUGCAAACUGGUUUGAUAAAAGUUAAAAACCUCACAGGAAGUAAUGCUCUUUUGAAUAAUUUGGAAGAUAUUGACUUGAGCUAUAACAAUUUUGGAGGAGAACUUACGACAGGAUGCUUUAACCAGCUAUCGGUAGUGCAGAAGCUCAACCUGUCUCACUCAGCAAUAACUUCUUUGCCUGAGUCAAUUUUCAAUGGUAUUGUCGUCACAUUGAAGAUAUUGGAUUUAUCAAAUAACAGGCUGUUAGUUAUUGAAAGGAACAUUUUUGGUUGGAGAAACCUUACCAAAGCACUUACCUUGCACCUGAAUGGCAACCCAUGGGAAUGUACAUGUGAUCUUCAAAGAGAAAUGACUGUCCUUCUGGCUUUUCAGGAUCAAAAGGUCCAUUGUGGGAAUAUCAAAAAUGCAUUAGUUUCAAGUGAAAAAGUAUGUCCAACUACAAUUGCGCCUACAGCUCCUAACCAUUUAUCUGGAGGAAGUUGGAAUAACGCGGUAGGAACUCCAAGUGCUAAAACGACGACAUCCACACCAACUAGAGUCCUCACAACUAAAUCACUUCCACCUCCCACGGCUUCAAACUUUAACACCUAUGCAACCACUCACGAACUGGAGUGCCACAAGGACAAUGAAAAACAAGAAACUGAGCAUUUGUCCAUUCAUUGGCCUAACACAAUGUUUGACAUAGUAAGGAAAAAGAUGUCAGAAGUGGAUAUCGUCAUUAGGAAGCAUGUGAAUGAAACAUACGGAGUAUUAUGGUUCAACAAGGUUACACUUCAGUUUUACAAAAUGGAAACAAAUCACAAUGAAUAUGGACUUGGUUGUUAUGGUCGGGUGGAGCACAUUACCACCAUCAACCAUCUUUUGCCUGAUUUGUCUUACACUUUCUGUUUGAUUCUUAAGGAUCACCUGACCGUUUCACCAUUUUCGUGUCAAUCAGUUCAUAUUGACGGUAACUUAGAUGUAAAGUACAACGCUUGGUUAACUAAAAAUAUGAAAGCCACAGGGAUCGGCAUAAUGAUCAUUGGGAGUAUUCUGUUUAUAUUUUUGGGCAUUUUCAGUGCUUUUAUCCUACUUAAGCACAAGCCUUCACUUAUCAAGGGAAGUAAACGAGUUGCAAUGCAGAAAAGUGAUACAUCUAACAUAAUUAUCUUUCCAGAGGAUAAGACUCUCCAACACUUCAAAUUGAUGGAAGAGCAGCUAGCAAAAAAUAGACUAAGAGGGUUUCCGUUUCAACGCCUUUCUUCUGUGUCGGACAAUAGUUUGGAAAGCAUUCAAAGCUAUAUGAAUACGGAAAAUGUAAAUAUUUACGAAAUAAUUCCGGCUCAUCAACCUUCAUCAAAAGUCCGAUAUGCAGAAGUUCCGUUCAAGCGUAAACGUUCAUCAAAUGACCCCUUACCAGAAAUUCCACACACAUCAAAAGAAGAUAAUUCAGUAAAACUUGCGAGAACGCUGGAAGUACCAAGGAAUCAAAAUAAUCAAACAGAAACUAGUCUUUAUAUUUAAACACGUCUUAAACGAACAUAAUUCAUGUUUAAUUGCAA